AUCAAUGGCUCCAAACUGGAGGACGGCUUCUACAGCGACGCCAAAGACUACUGGAGUGGCGUCGAGCCCACUGUGAAGGGAAUGUUAGGCGGAUUCACUCGUAUCACAUCCGUGGACAUCAAGGCGUCCACCCGUUUCUUAAGCAAGUAUUGGCAGCCGUUAGACAAGCGGAACGACCUCUUGGAGCGCCAACAGCCGGCGCCCACACGCGCCCUGGACUGCGGAUCAGUUAUGAUCACCGGUACUGACCGUAUGAUUAUCACCCGCGAGUGUAUAGGCAUCGGACGGGUGACCAAGCAUUUGCUGCUAAAGUUCUUCGACACCGUGGAUCUGUUGGAACAGAACGACAAGUUCCUGACGGAGACCAAGAGCUAUAUGGGCGCCGAAGACUACCAGCGAGUGGGCCAUCAGUUCAACGCCGGCCUCCAGGACUUCCAUCCGGCGCCGGGCGUCCAAUACGAGUGCAUUUGGUGCCAAUGGGUGACCGGACACCUGACCGACGAGGACUUCGUCCAGUUUCUCGUCAGAUGUAAGUCGGCGUUGAGUCCGACGGACGGCCUGAUUGUCGUCAAAGACAACACGACGUCGUCGGACGAGUGCGACGCCGACACCACCGACUCGUCCGUCACGCGACCCCAUUGGCUGAUGUUAGACAUCUUCAAGAGGGCCGGCCUGGAGGUGGUGUGCGAACGAAAGCAGUAUAAAAUGCCUAAAGGCCUGUACCCGGUCUACAUGUUUGCCCUCAAAUGA